CCUGUGGCUCACUUUGCUCAGACCUGACGGACAGGACGGACCGAAAAUUUGACCGUCUCACUUCGUCUUUAGCCUACUACUACCAAGAAUCUAACAGCACCAGGGUGCAUCAGUCAAUCCCCAUGUCUACUGACCAGGAGAGCUGCCAUCUGUGUAAGGAAGACCUGAGGGACCCAGUCUCCAUCCCGUGCGGCCACAUCUUCUGCUCCAUCUGCCUGAAGACCUACUGGGACCACGCUGACCACACCGGUUCCUACAACUGCCCACGUUGCCGGGUCACCUACAACAAGAGACCCACCCCGCGCCGCCUCCAGACCUCCCGCUCCUCCACACACUCAACCCACUCGCAUCCCAGGAUGUCUGAGACCUACCCUCCUCCACCUCCAGACCCAGACUACAACUACGCCGGACCACAAGAUGUGGGAUGUGAUAUCUGUAUUGGGAAGAAGCACAAAGCCAUCAAGACAUGCCUGAUGUGCCUGGCGUCCUACUGUGAGAGGCAUCUAAAGCCCCACUAUGAGAACCCUGCCUUCAAGAGGCACAAGCUGGUGGAUGAGAUCGGCCAUCUGGACAGACAGAUUUGCCCACAGCAUCAGAAGGGUCUGGAGCUCUUCUGCAAGACGGACCAGAUGUGUAUCUGUGUUCUGUGCACAGUGAAGGAGCACAAAGGUCACGACAUGGUAUCUGCCGAACAGGAGAGGUCAGAAGAACAGCAACGUCUGGGUGCCACCCAGGCAGAGAUCCAGGAGAGGAUCCAUGAGAGGCUUAAGCAGAUGGAGGAGCUGAAACAAGCUGUGGAUUCACUCAAGAGCUCAGCCCAGAGGGCUAUGCAGGAGUGUGAGAAGUUGUUUGGCGACAUGAUGCGUUCCAUCGAGAGGAUGCAACAGGAAAUGACCAAGCUAAUUUCCUCCAAUAAGAGGGCAGCACUGAACAAUGCUGAGGGUCACCUCGAGCGUCUGACCCACGAGAUCGCUGACCUCAAGAAGCGAGACAACGAGAUCACACAGCUGUCACGCACAGAGGACCACAUACACUUUAUCCAGAGCUACCACAUGCUAAUCGCUCAGACAGAGGCUGAGGAGCUGCCCACAGUCUCAGUGAACCCCUACUUCUCCUUCGGACCCGUCACCAAGGCUGUCUCUGAGAUGAAGGUCCAUCUCCAUGACAUCAGCAAUGAGGAGCUGGUCAAAGUGGCCAAGACUGUGAACAAAAUGCCUUUCUGCCAACUGGAUGAAGCCAAAAGGAGAAAUACUGUGAAAGCCGAUGCAGUUGUUGCCGUGUACAAGACACCAAGCCAGGAGCCCCAGCACAGAGAAGACUUCCUGAAAUAUGCCUGCGCUCUCACCCUGGACCCCAACACAGCCUACCGCCAGCUAUACCUGUCUAGAGGCAACAGGAAGGCAGCCCUGAAGAGAGAACCGCAGGACUACGCUGACAGUGCCUCCAGGUUUGACUGCCUGCCCCAGGUUCUCUGCAAAGAGCCCCUGUCUGGAGGUGCCUACUACUGGGAGGUGGAGUGGAGUGGAGAGGGGGCCUCCGUGGGCAUCACCUACAAGGGCAUCAAGAGAGUAGGCUACGGGGACAGCUGCCGCAUCGGCUACAACCGCAAGUCCUGGAGCCUUUUCUGCUCCGAUUCCAGCUAUUCCGCCCGAUAUGGUAAAGACCAGGUGGAAAUCAAUGCACCCUACUCCUCCAGGAUAGGUGUCUUCCUGGACCACUCAGCAGGCACCCUCUCAUUCUACACUGUGGGGGACACCAUGUCUCUCAUACACCGCUUCAAGGCCUCCUUUGCUGAGCCUGUCUACCCAGGCUUUUGGGUCUGGUAUGAGUCAGCGGUCACCAUCCGUCAGCUGUCAUAAUAUUAUAUUACCUAUGAUUAAAUUACGAUUGUCCAUGUAUCGGUCAUCAUACGUAUUGUGAUUCAAGUAAUAUAAUUGCAUUUGUAAUUUGACUUGUUUAGUAUCCCCUUUUCUCAAAUUGUAGUGGUGUCCUUGGCAAUGUUUUACUUUGUUCUAUUGAGGUUUGAAUUCAUGUUUUAUACUGUAUAUAAAUCAUCAGCUAGAGAGAGAUAUCUCCGACCAAUUGGGUUUGGUGAGUAAAGGAAUAAACAUGUUAUCUAUAAUGUUUUCAUAAUCAUGAAGGAUCUACUUUAGAAUAGACUGAAGUGUCAACUAAUAUAUUUGAUAAAUGAAUAUACUCUAUGGAUCAGAUGAAUAAAAUACACCUGAAGUUGUAUAUACAUGUAUCACACAGAGAAACUGGAAUGUGUAAUACACGUUUAUUUUAUAUUAAUAUAGUAUUUCUGUCGCGUGUGCAUUCAACCCAAUAAUUGAUUUGGAAUAAUUGUAAUAGGAACUGUAAAGCUAGAAUGACCCUUACUGCCAUAAUGGAAGACCUGGAAGAAAGGUCUUUAUAAAAAAUGUUUUCCAUAAGGGCCGGCCAUUGUUGAAAUAGCCGACUCACUGUAAACCGGCUACUUUUUCCGCUUCAUUUAAAUGUUCAUUUAAGUUUCAAUUCGAUAGUCAGUAUAGCCUUCUUCCGCUAAAAGGAACGAUAUGCAUCUUCUAGUGAUAGGACAGACGCCUGUCCGUCACAAAGCGAGAAAUAAAAAUAGGUAUAUUAAUUGCCUUUUUAUUGAUCUAAUAUAUUAGAUACUUUUUUUUCUCACUUUCUAGCAUUCAAAAUAAUAGAUACUGGCUGCAGUCCAAACACGUCAUUUUUACCCUCAGCCCUUGCGCUAGCCACUUUCCCUCUCGGGAAUCCCAGUUGAAACCGGAUGCAGUUUGAUUGCCAUCUUAAGUAGAAAUCCAAUUCACUUACGUUUCCACCUCGGCCCUCAAUUUAUCUUGAGGGAGCGGGUGAACAACUUGCAGGGUUGAUAUGACACACAAUUCAAUGCAAACUGUAGUCACAUGUCAAACUUGUGGCAGUGAAGUGUCAAAUUUAAUCAACAAGGCUGCAUUUUCGGCAUGUCAGGAAAAAAUAUGAAGCUAGCUUGCUAGAAAAUAUAUAUACACAUUGAUUUUAGCGUUGGCAAAUUGGCUUACUCUUGUAGUGAGGAGCCUAUAAAAGGUAGCUAGAUUUAUAAACAUAUUUUUUGGAAUUUUGAAAUUUAUUAGAAUAAAUGACUAUAAAACUAGCUAGCCAGCUAUAGGAAACUGUAGCUAGCUACCUGACAGGAGUGCUAGCUAGAUAUGUUAGACAUAUUUUUCUUAGCUCAACUUCAAUAUUUCCACCAAGGGCAUUGCCUCUCCAAUCAUCACUCUCCCUCGCUUGGGCAAGGGACAUUUAACGUACACUCGGAUGUGACGAUGUAAAACUGGGGGUUUAGGGCCGAGGGCUGUCUAUUUUGAGUUUGAAACGCAGCCACUGUAUAUAUACCUAAAUCCCCAAAACAUGUCACUACAACUCAAUACAACACUACUGGGACAAGUCAAUUUGCUUAGUAGUGCUUAGUCAUUAGUACAUUAAACAAUGCUUAAACCAACUUUUCGAGUAUAAACCCAUGGGGGAAAAAAAACAUUUAAAUAUACUUAAAUCAUACUUCAUUAACGUAUUUUAAUUAUAUUUCAAAUGAUCUAAAUUGGAAGAAUUUAAAUACAUUUAAUGUACAUUUUAUUUGUAUUUUAUUAACAUUUUAAUGUAUAUUAAAUACAUUUAAAAGGAACUUUUUAUGUACUUUUGUAUAUUCUUGGUAUAUUAGACAAAGAGCAAAACAAAUAUACUUUGAAUACACCUUAAUUUAUUUGUCAUAAAUUACUACAAGACUUAGCAAAUACACUUCUACUCAUUAACCACAUUAGCUAUUGGAGUAAUAAUCUUCUCAGGCGAUGUUAACAUUCUAUUUUUAUUCUGUAUAUUUGUAUUAUUCUUUUCACUCAGUCAUUUAAAUUGUUAUUGUGGAGUCACUACAAUGUUGUUGUUCCAACCUUAGUUUUCUCCUAUCACAGCCAUUUAACUCUGUAACUGUUUUACAAUCACCAAUCGCUUCAUGGUAACAUCCAUAUGCAGUUUCAUUCCUGUCCUGCAGCUCAUUUCAGAAGUAUCUUUGAUAUUUCUGGGUGGUGUAAUACAUAAUCCAGAGCAUAAUUAUUGACUUGACCAUGCUUACAGAGAUAUUCAAUGUCUGAUUUGAUAUUGUUACCAUCAAUCACUGCCCUUUUAUGAGGCGUUCAAAAGGCUCUCUGGUCUUUGUCGUUGAAUCUGUGCUUGAAAAUCAAUACUUGAAUGGGCGCCUUACAGAUGUAUGGGGGACAGAGGAAAUGUUAAUCAUAAAAAAUAAUGUCAACCCCUAUUACUUCACACAUAGUCCAUGUAGCAUAUUAUGUGAUUUGUUAAGCCACAUUUGACUCAUUUAGGCUUGCCAUAACAAAAGGGCUGAAUUCGUAUGCAAUGGUAAUAUUUUAGUUAUCUAAUUUGUAUUAUUAAUUUUUUACUUUGACAUUACAGAGUACUUUGAGUUCAUUUUUGACAACAAAUUACAAUGAAAUUAAUUUGAAUCCCACUUUUUAACACAAUAUCAUUCGAAGAAAUACAAAGGGUAUGAAUACCUUUGCAAGGCACUGUAUACUUAUAGUGUACUUGAUCACUCACAAGCAGAGUUUCAUAAAAACAAAACUGUGUCUUUUGAAUGAAUAUAAUAAAUUACAAUUAAAGCGAUUGAAAUUGAA